CAUCCUGACAAGCUUGUCUUGAGCACCUUCUGCCAUCGUGGUCUUUCCUUUCUUCUACUACGAGCUCAAAUUUACCACCAUAUACCACUUCUAUACUCUUUCGCGCAACUUGCGCCUUUCGCUUUUCAGCAUGCCUGGCUUGAAUGCGCAAGCGACAAAGCUGGCGGGGUACGAGUUUUACGAGAAGGUGUUAGGUAGCCCCAAGUAUAUUGUCGCACCUAUGGUGGAUCAGAGCGAGCUAGUAAGUUAUCAUGCUGGAUCCACCAUCUACCUUUCUGACAAAACUAGGCUUGGCGGAGGUUGUCUCGUAGAUAUGGCGGACAGUUAUCAGCUAGUAUAUACACCUAUGAUCAAUGCGAAGUUAUUUUCAGAGAACAAUCGCAAAGCGUUUCGAGAACAGCAGUUCAACACCGCCGAGGGUGAGGAAGGCAGCCCAGAAGAUCGGCCAUUGAUCGUUCAGUUCUGCGCCAAUGACCCAGAACAACUACUCACCUCGGCUAAGGUUGUUGAGCCAUUCUGUGACGCCAUCGAUAUCAACCUAGGCUGUCCGCAGGAUAUCGCGAGAAGAGGAUGUUACGGUUCAUUUUUACAGGAUGAGUGGGAUCUCAUUUACAGACUCGUAAACACCUUGCACAAGAACCUCUCGGUUCCUGUAACAGCCAAGUUCAGAGUCUUCCCAACUGUUGAAAAGACCGUUGAGUAUGCGAAGAUGUUGGAGAGUGCUGGUGCUCAGAUCCUAACUUGCCAUGGCCGAACGCGGGAUCAACGUGGACACAACACAGGUCUUGCUGACUGGGAGAAGAUCCGUGCAGUCAAGCAAGCCGUCUCAGUUCCCGUCUUCGCCAAUGGCAACAUCCUCUUCCACUCCGAUAUCGAACGCUGUCUUGAAGCGACAGGCGCAGACGCAGUCAUGUCCGCUGAAGGAAACCUGUAUAAUCCCGCCGUCUUUGCUCCCUCGUUGGCUUCCAUGCCCCCUCCCGUCCUUCCGCCGUCUGACCCGAAUACGCCGCACCCAAGGCAUUGGCAUAUUGCUACUGAUACGGGAUUGCACCCAGCACACACAACUCUUGCGCUGGAGUAUCUCUCGAUCGUGAAGUCUCUUAAGACCCCAACGUCGAACGGGGCGAUAAAAGCACACCUAUUCAAACUCUUCCGACCCGCUCUCUCGCGGGAGACAGACUUGAGGGACCGGCUAGGUAAGAUGCGCGUUGACAGGGGGAAAGAACGUGAGUGCGUAGAGAAAUGGGAAGAGGUUGUGAGGGAACUUGAUGCUAGGAUGAGGAGGGAUGCUAUGGAUGUGAACGACAAAACCAUCGACGAGUUGAUCACUAUCGACCCUGCAACGGGGUUGAAGAUCCUCCCCCAUUGGGUCGCACAACCUUACUUCCGUCCACUUCCACCUCCACCUGGAGGCCAAACCUUAAAGAAGAAAGAAAUCAAGUCCGAGUCUGCACCAGCAGAUUCUCCCAUGACAAACGUCAAUAUGCAAUCUGCAGCUACAGAGGAACCUCCUACAUCAAGCAAACGCACGACAUCGGAACGAAGUCCAGAACCGAAUGAUGAUGCCAGCAAGCGUAUAAAGCUCAACACCGAUUCGACAGACUCAGGCUAGGGCUCACCUCUCGCUAUCAUUACAUCUUUGCAUUGAAUACUUAAUAACUCCCGUCAGUCUUAUACCUGGCUAUUGUAUCCUUAACACUUCAUAGACGUACCUGACUUAAUCACAUGGACUUCCUGAUUCACGGCAUCCGUUCUCUCAGACAUAUAUCUUCGUUAAGAACUGUAUCCGUCCGUAUCUGAUAGGUUUUCCUUCUAAACUGCAUGACAACAAGGCACUAUACAUAGUAUACAUCUGGAUCGUAUGCUUCUAUCAGAAAUGUGGAGAUACACUACAAACCGCCGCCACCUAGUAUGUAUUCAAUCGCUGAAC